AUGUCCUCGCCCAGCCACAGCGUCUUCUUUCCUACUGAAAUUGUCUUCCUUGUUGCAGAGUUCCUUGACCACAUCGACGAAGAUGACUCCUCCCAGGACUCUCUUAGCACAAGACAACGAGCUUUCUAUAACUUCUGCCUGGUAUCGGCUCAAUGGUAUUCCGUCGGUGUCAGCUUUCUGUACCAACGCCCAUAUUUUCCCGGCGGUAAUGGAUUUACCAAGUUCGCCCACACCUUGUGCCCACCUCGAGGUGUCAAAAGAAAGGCCAAUUUUGGAUCCAUGGUGAAGGUACUAUCUUUGGCGAGCUUGGUACAUCAUAGCAUGAACAGUCUCACGGCACGCCUGUUGGGGCAAAUGAAAGAGAACCUCGAAGUGUUUAUUGCGCCUCGCGUUUCCUUCUCGGUCAACAGCCUUCCAGCGCUAUCAAAAUGCCAGAAUCUUCUGGAGCUCAAUCUGAGUCUCGUUAGUGGACAUGUGAUCCCGUUUCACCGCUUGAAGAAAGCCAUCAGCAGUUUGCCAAAGCUCAGGAAACUGGAGCUUCCUGCUUCGAUGUCUCUUACACACACGGACAAAUCCGCAGGGUCGUGGCCACCUAAGCUCCGGAGCUUGAAAAUCGGUGGAACUCUGGAUCCUAGGUGUACAAACCUCACUGCAGUCGUCUUAUACAGCGUUCUCGAAAACGAACAGCUUCGUGAACGCCUCGAGUCACUAGACUUGGACAAUACCAAUGAAGAGAUGUGCUCUGAUCAGGCGAGCGAUUCCUUAUAUUGGUUGCCUAAACUCAUUUAUCUCAAAAUUCCCGUGGAUGUCACCAAGGAUCUUCUGCUUUUACCGCCACCUGAAGGGCUCCCAAGUCUACCACUUCGAGCGCUCGAAUUAACGAGGCCAUACUUUGCCGAAGAACCCCUCGGGUUUGACCUCCCGAAUGAGAUGCUCAAGGCAUUCAAACAAAACCUGCCCAACCUGUGGGCCUUUGGCAUCAGCGAAAAGUGCGUGCAUCUGGUCAAAGAACGAGAGGAAGAGCUGGAUGACGAGAUUUGGAAUCACAUUGAUGAGGCAGAUGACGACGAGCUUGAGAAGCUAGAGGACUUAGGGCUUUACAUCCUAGAUGACAACUUAUGA